ACCAUUGCAAAUUCCCCUUUUUCAGUUGUGAGCGGUGGAGAAUUGUUCGAAGUGGAAGACGAUACGUUCGAUGGCGGAACAGCAGAGAACCUAAAAAUUAGGAAAUUGAGAGCAAAAAUCUGAAAUUAUAGUCCAUUUCUAUGGCCAUGUCAAUGUCACUGCGACUUUGUUGCAGACCUUCAAUUUCUGGCAUCAAGAAUAAAAGAGAUUUGUUGGGCUUAGAAUUGGCAGCUUAUCAAUCAAGUAAUCCAAUGGGGAAAUGGUUUAGUGGAGUGAAGAAGUUCAUCCCCUUUGAGGGAUAUGCUAAGUCUGUGAAAACAGCAGCACGAAUAUCAUUUCCAAAGAUCUCAUCAGACUGUACAGAUAAAGAACCUUCAAAUUUUUUGAGUCACAAGAGGAUGGUUCCUUAUUCCGACCCGCCUAGCAUGGAAGAUGUGGAAAGUUUGUAUGAAUUCUUUGAUAGAAGUACCAAGCUUGUUGUAUUGACGGGAGCUGGCAUGAGCACAGAGAGUGGAAUUCCGGAUUACAGAAGCCCAAACGGAGCUUAUAGUACGGGUUUCAAACCAAUUACCCAUCAGGAGUUUCUCCGAUCAAUCAAGGCUCGAAGGCGUUAUUGGGCACGGAGCUAUGCUGGAUGGAGACGUUUCACUGCUGCUCAACCUAGUACAGGUCAUAUAGCUCUAUCAUCUCUUGAGAAAGCAGGCCAUAUAAGUUUUAUGAUCACACAGAAUGUGGACAGGCUGCAUCACCGAGCUGGCAGCAAUCCACUUGAAUUGCAUGGGACUGUCUACAUUGUUGCCUGUACAAAUUGUGGUUUUUCUCUACCUCGAGAUCUAUUUCAAGAUCAAGUGAAGGCUCAUAAUCCCAAGUGGGCAGAAGCUAUUGAAAGUUUGGACUAUGACAGUCGAUCAGACAAGAGCUUUGGAAUGAAACAAAGACCUGAUGGGGAUAUUGAGAUUGAUGAGAAAUUCUGGGAAGAGGAUUUCUACAUUCCUGAAUGUCAGAGCUGCCAAGGAGUUCUGAAACCUGAUGUUGUCUUCUUUGGGGAUAAUGUCCCCAAAUCUAGGGCAGAUGCUGCCAUGGAAGCUGCAAAGGGAUGUGAUGCCUUCCUUGUACUUGGUUCAUCUUUGAUGACCAUGUCCGCUUUCCGGCUUAUCAAAGCUGCGCGUGAGGCAGGUGCUGCUACUGCAAUUAUAAAUAUUGGUGCUACACGAGCUGACGAUAUUGUACCUUUGAAAAUUAGUGCUCGAGUUGGAGAGAUACUUCCAAGAUUGCUCAAUGUUGGAUCAUUAAGUAUCCCUGCUCCCUAGUUCCUGAUUCAGGGAACUGUUAAUUAAUAGCAUCCCAGAUUCUAUUUCAUCAGUUGCUGCAAAUGGAUUGUACACUUGGCCGGAACGUGCUAGUUCGCUGCAUCUCAUGUGUGGUAAAUUCACUAAAUCCAUCCCGAUGUUGUUUGUAAUUCUUUAAAGUGAACUUCUCAAGUACCACACUCACUAUUUAUGUGCGCGUCUGUAUUGUCACACAACUCGACUACUUCGAAUUUCUGAUGAGUGAGUUGAAGCUGAAAUGGCGCAAAAAUACACAGAAUAUUGCUUGGAAAUGAUGAAUUUUAGUAUUGCCUUUUGCAU